CAAGACCAAGAUCAAGACCAAACCCAUGACUUCCUUCCCUCUCCCACAAACACCUCCAGCUCCACCACCUGCACUUCACAACCCCAUUCGCGCCUAAGCCGUUUCAAAACCGUCUACACAACCUCCCGCAACACCCUAAAAACCUUCCUCGCCUCCCGCGCCCAGCACUACACCGUACUCGCGCUUGUCACCUGUGACCUCCUGGGCAUCUUCGCUGACAUAAUCAUAAACCUGUAUCAGUGCGACGAGGGGGCCACGAACGCGGUGUGGGACGAGGUGAGGGAGGGAUUGGGGAUUGCGGGGUUGGUGUUUAGUUGCUUGUUUUUGGCGGAAUUGGGGGCGAGUAUUUGGGCUUUUGGGUUGAGGUAUUUUAACUCAAGGUUCCACUGCUUCGACGCAACGGUUAUUAUAGCCGGUUUUAUUGUUGAUGUGCUACUCCACGGAGUUUUAGAGGAAGUGGCUUCCCUGGUUGUGGUGUUGCGUCUUUGGCGUUUCUUCAAGAUUAUCGAGGAGUUUAGCGUUGGUGCUGAGGAGCAGAUGGACGGGUUGGAGCUGAGGAUUGAGCAGCUGGAGUCUGAGAAUUUGGAUCUUAAGCGGGAAUUAAAGAGGCAAAAGGGUAUGCUUGAUGAGGAAGAAGAUGCUGGGUUUAGGGGUGAGAGUGCUAAGUGA